AUGAUUUAUACCAACGCAACAAUCAUCACAGUCAAUUCCAAUUUCGACGUCAUUGACAAUGGCGCCAUCGUCGUGCAAGCAGACAGGAUUGCAGCCGUGGGACCAGCAGACGAAAUAUUGCAGAAGUUCAAAGACGAGGAGAUCUUUGACCUCGGGGGCCAAAUCGUCAUGCCAGGCCUCAUCUCGCUACAUGUGCACUUGGCACAAUCUCUUCUUAGAACCGCAGCAGACGACUUGGCUCUCAUUGAAUGGUUGUGUCACCGAGUCUGGCGCAUGCAGGGCAACUUCACCGAGGAAGAUGGGUAUGUGGCUGCACAGCUCACAAUUGCAGAGAUGUUGAAGUCUGGAACCACGACUUUCGUUGAAUCGUUGUUUGCUGAGCGCUACGGGUUUGCUGGAGCCGUGGACGCAGUGGUGGAGUCCGGUAUCCGAGGAUGUCUCGGAAAAGUCGUCAUGGACCAGCCACGCUAUGCCACGCAGGAAGGGAUCACCAUGCAUGCCGGGCUUGUGGAGGACGAACGGUCUCUUGACCACGCAGUCCAAUGUUUUGAUAAACAUGACGGUGCGGGUGACGGAAGGGUUGAAGUAUGGUUUGGGGCCCGUACUCCGGGCGGGGUCUCUGAGGACUUGUAUCGGCGGAUGGUGAAAAUUGCCAGGGCAAGAAACAUAGGCAUCACCAUGCACUGUGCUGAGGUCAAGGCGGACCGUGAGUUUUUUGCGUCCAAGGGACACACGCCUAUGAGUUAUUGCAAGGAGCUUGGCUUGUUAGGGCCCCGCACGGUGCUUGCGCACAUGGUGCAUUUGGACGACACGGAUAUCGGGAUCCUAAGCAAGUCGAGCGCCUCUGUUGCCCACUGCCCCACGUCCAAUGCCAAGCUAGGGAGUGGCGUUGCGCGAGUGAAAGAGCUUUUAGAAGCAAAUGUGACGGUGGGGCUUGGGUGUGACGGCUGCCCAUGCAACAACGUGAUGGAUCUUUUGCAAGAAAUGAAGCUCGCUUCGCUUUUGCCCAAGGCCAUCCAUGGGGACCCCUUGUUGGUGCCAGCACGCACGGUGAUUGAGAUGGCCACCAUCAUGGGUGCCAGGGCCUUAGGCAAAGACCUGGACAUAGGAUCUUUGGAGGUGGGAAAGAAGGCUGACUUCAUCUCCAUCAAUUUGGUAGAUAAGCUCUACGCACAGCCCAUGCGAGACCCAGUUUCUAUGGUUGUCUACAUCGCCACAGGUGCGGAUGUGGACAACGUGGUGGUUAACGGGAAACAGGUCAUCCAGAACAGACGUCUAUUGACCAUGGACGAGAGAGACAUUAUACAGAAGGCCAAUUUCCAUGGGGAAGCCGUGAGGCAGCGCGCAAACUGCUGA